AUGGCUCAAGUUUAUCGUGAGCGCGAUGUGCGCUACACAAGGGAAGAUAGUCCUUCGUCUGAUGAUGAGAGAUACAAAAGCACAACUGUGAGACGAUACAAAGUAGGAAGUGGAGGCAGAGUUGUGGAGCGAGAUCGCAUGGAUCGCUAUGAAGAAGACGACGACCGCAGAUCAAGGCACUCACACUCACACUCGCAUUCCCAUGCCGGCCGUGCGUCUGGAGAUUUGCUGGAGGUGGAUCGCCGUGUUGAGAGAACUUAUCCCGAGCGUCCCAGAUCGGCUUUCGACUCGCAUGACCACUAUACAACUGUCGAAUAUGAGCGAGAGCGUGACGUCGAUCGCGAUCAUCACCCCGAGAGGCACUCUCGCACCAAAGUUGUUGAGGAGAUCAAGACAUCCUCUCCAUCACCUCGUGACAAUUACUGGGAUCGUCGACAAGCUUACCCUUGGGAAGAUGUUCGAGAAGAUGUUCGUGUUGAAAGACGUAUCGUACGCGAAGAAGCAGAUGGGGAGCUACAAAUUAGGGAAAAAACAGAGGAUUUUAGGGAAGAGCCUCGCGAUUAUAAAGAACGGGACCUAGUGAUUGAGCGCCGUGUUGAUAUAGAGAGAGAACCCCAUGAUGUUGAUGUUGAGCGAUACCGAAAAGAAGUCGAGUAUUACGCGCCGCCACCACCUGCGCCGGCGCCCGUCAUUAUCCGCCAGAAAUUUCCAGAGCAAAAGGUUGUUAUCCACGAAGCUCCCCAACCUGCCCCCGUCGUACUCCCGCGGCAAGAACCGACGUAUAUUGUUCUAAGGGACGAACGUCGGCAAGUUGCGCCUCGACCGGAACCCCGGGAGGAGGAAGAUUAUCAUUAUCGUCGGGAGGACCGACGGCGUCGUGACGAGCGCCAAUAUGAAAGUGAUGGCUACGACGAGGACUACUAUAUCAAGAGGACGAUCAUAACGCGGGAACGUAGUUCUAGCUCCGACCAUCAUAAGAAGCGACAUUUAGCCGAAGGUGCCCUUGCUGGCGCCGGCCUCACGGCCCUACUUUCUGGUCGUGGUGGUAAAGAUGGCGAGCACCAUGAGCAUAGAGGACGCAAGGUUCUCGCUGGUGCUGCCUUAGGAGCCUUGGGCACUGAGGCUGUGCGUCGCGCAAAGAGCGCAUACGAGGAUCGACACGAGGACAGGUAUGAAGAUCACGAUCACUACGACGACGAUUAUCGACAUCGACACCGGAGCAAGUCGCGCAGCAGACUAACAACCGGAUUGGCCAUCGGUGCCGCUGCUUUAGCCGUUGCUGGUGGACUUAAGUACAUGCAGAAUAACAAGGCCGAGAAAGAAGAAGCAAAUCGUGGACGAGCACGACGCCGUUAUUCUGACGACGAGUAUUCGACUUCCCGAAGUCGGUCAGGCCGCAGUCAUAGCCGAAGCAAAUCUAAGUCUAAAGCAGCCAAGGCAGCUUUAGCAACCGGUGCUAUAGCGGGUAUAGCGGAACAUUAUAGAUCCAAAUCACGAGGAAAAUCUCGAUCCAAGUCCCGCCUAAGAACUGGUGCCGAAAUUGCGGCUGCUGGUUUGACUGGCGCUGCAGCUGAAAAGCUGUGGGAGCGUCGCAAGGAAAGAAAAGAGUCAAAAGAACGUGAACGUCAUAGAGACUCAGAUGACGAGUACUACGAUAGAGGUCGAGGCUACUCAAAGAGCCGAUCCCGUUCUAGGUCACUUAGCCGCCGUUCGCAUUCACGAGACUCUACGGCUGAUAGAGAAUUAGGCCUGGUUCCCGUGGUUCCCGGGGUAGAAUACGGGAGUGAGCCCAUCGGGGCCUACGAGUCUGCUACCGAAGAGCCACGACGCCGUCGUAAACACGAUCACCGCUCACCAUCCACGUCCGAUCGAGAGGCUCGCAAGAAAAGAAGUCGUAGCAAGCUUCGUGACGUUGCGGCUGGAAUAGGCACUGCAGCAGCGGCAAUGAGUAUCAAGAAGUAUCACGAUCGCCAAAAGAGUAAAGAACGAGAAGCUAAAUCCACGGAUGCAAGCCGAGACAAGUCACUAGAUAAAGAGGAUCGAGACCGAGAAAAACGCAAAGCCAGACGGUCCCGUGAUCGCGAGCGAAGGCGUUACGAAGAGGAGGCGCCUGAUGAUCCAUAUUACGAUUAUCACGCCGGGGCACCUCCAUCGCCACCUCACGCUUCGGGUGGAGCAUAUUAUCCACCUCCGCCUCUGGCAUCCGAACCUACCGGUCCACCCCCAGUUGGCUUUACGCAGCAUCCUAAUCCAUCUACCCCUAAUUUCAAUGCUUAUAACCCUUACCCCCCAUAUAACCCCCAAGACUACGCAGGUCAAUCUCCACUGAAUAUGCCUCCUCCGCCUCCCGGCCACCCGCCGUCUGGACCAUCACCUGGCUCGGGUAACCGAACCGGACCAGAAAAUGUGAGUCAUCCACGCUCUGGUGACAUAAACUCCUAUCUUGAUGCCUCUCAGAGCACGGCUACUGAGAAGGAUGGUAUAAAAGAACACCACCGAUCUCUCGGUCCACAGUUGAGAAGUGUCGAUGCAGAGCCCUCUGCAACUAAAGUCAAAUUCAUCCCUCUUUCGCCGAAGUCUUCCCGGACUCUCAGAAGACAUCGCCGCCGGAUGGGGGAACGAUCGGAGGAAGAUAUCGAUGAGGAACUGGUCCAGUUUCAACGACCUGGAAAUUUACGAAGACGUUCUGGCUCAGAUGUAUCGUCCAAUAGACCGCGUGUCCAGCGACGUAGAGUACGCGGCGACGACUCACCAGUUUCCGACGACAGUGAAAUCGAGUAUCUCCCCGAUCGUUUCGAUUUUUCUGGACGGCCACUUGGCAAUAACAAUACCGCGAUUGAUGGACUUCCAAGACAAGGUAGUUUUGAAUACCUCCCGCGUAAUGGGAAUGGCUGGCACGUCGGUGGGGCAUGGAAAACCCUCGGCGAUCCUGAUCCUGUUUUAUUUAACGACAUUGUUCAGACUAUCGGAGGGUUCCUACGGCCUGGAGGCAGCUUACUGAAUUUAUUUGAACAUGCGCUAAGAGAUAUAUGA